CUGUGUGCGGAUCACAUCGCUAACGGGUUUAUUUCAACGCUUAUACAUCAAUGGACUAUCCCACAGCAUUCUGCUCUCGACAUUUUUUUAGUCCAUCUUUCUGUGGAGAUAAAGAAAGCGCGAGCGCGGAAAACAACGGGUGGUAAUGGGAGGAAACGGCGUGUUUUCAUUAGAUAACAUUUCCGAAGAAUAAUACAUUCCUCUGUCGUGCACAUUUUAGGAGCAUACGCGUCAUUCUCAGUGCACUGGAUGUAGACUUUCGGAGCACACGGGAAUUUCGUGCACGCGCGACGCAAAAACAUCGGAAACCAACAGUUUUCACAAACACUUGGACCGUAUUCCGGCGUCUCAUCCGGGCUCUGACACACUUGCUUUGACAUUUGGGUAUAUUUGUGCAGCUCGUGUCUCAUGGAGUGAUAUGCACGGUCAAACGCACACAUAUAUGGAGAAGUAACCUAUGAUGCUGCCGUUUUGGGGUUUAUAGGAUGAGAUGAGCGUUGUGACAUUCACUCUGCCGAGCUAAACUUGAGUUUUACACUGUUUGGUCACGAGCGGAUGUGAGAAAGCGUCUGUAUCUUUGUCAUUUUUCAGAACGCAGCACGUGUUUGCAUGCACAUUGACGCUUGCCUUUUAACAUAAGGCGAUUUAAUAGUAUGCAUCUUGAGUUUGCAUAACAUUAUAGGCUAUUUAAACACUGCUUUAACUUUUAAUUGCAUUUAAUCCCAAAUCAUUUUAGUUUAAUAUCUUGGAGGAGCACCAUCAUAUCCAGUAAGCAGUGUGUGUAUUUGCCUGCUAAUGUUAGGCAAUAAGGCAUAUACUAUGUAUUAAUAUCGUGCAUAUUAUAUGUGCAUGACAUUAGACUUGGAUUUAAGUCUAUAUAGUUUCAAUACAGUCUCUUAGGUGAGAAGUUGCAUGACUGAAACUCAAGGAAGAUGGUUUUGUGUGACCCCACACUGAUGCGCAAUGACGCUCUGGCUGUGCGCAAAUUUGUUGACGCAACCUGUGGCCUCUUAAACCGAUAGAUUCGGAAGUGUUUAGUCAGUUUGAGCAGUAGAGAGUUGAAGUUGCACAACAGCCUGGUUGCUUCUGCUUUCUAACCACCAGGCAAGGGAAGUUUCCGUUGGAUACAGUUCAUAAUAACCACAGAAUAACCGUGCGUAAGGCGUAUUGUAGAACGUUUAAAUGGUGUUUCGCAAGUUACCCGGUGUCUCCGCAUCGGGCAUGGGGCUUCGUCUGUCUCAGAAAUUCGUGUUUCUUUUAUUCUUGUCGGGUUUGGUAACCCUAUGCUUCGGGGCGCUCUUCUUUUUACCCGAUAGCGUGCGCUUGAAGCGCAUCUUUCUCUCCAAGAGCGACAGUCCAGCGGUGACCGUCGGCUCCGACAAUGACGCCCGGACGCUCUCCAAAAAGGUGUCCGGUGACCAAGAGCACCAGCGGGUGGGUUUAAAGGGGGGUGACGCGAAUGUUAAGCUGAAAGUGAGCCGCAAGCCCUCUGUCACCCAUGAAGCAAGAACAGUGGAGAGAUCUGUUGUGAGUAGGACGCAGGAGUGGAGUCCGGCGAGGGCGCACGAACCGGCGGUCGGGAACGAGCGGGUCACCACGGCCGCUCAUAACGGGGAACACAGCAGUGGAUUCAGCUAUGAGAGGUUUAAACAGUGUCUCAUUAAACCACCUUUGGGGAAGGGCCAAGAAACGCCAUCACAUCCCCAGACGCUUCAGAGAAGAGAGAAGGUCAAAGAGAUGAUGAAGUUUGCCUGGGACAACUAUAAGCAGUAUGCCUGGGGCAAGAAUGAACUUCGACCCCUGACCAAGAAUGGACAUAUUGGGAAUAUGUUUGGUGGCCUCAGGGGGGCUUCCAUCGUGGAUUCUCUCGACACUCUGUACAUCAUGGGUCUAAUGGAGGAAUAUGAAGAGGCAAAGGAAUGGGUCCAAAACAACCUCGACCUGAACUCGAAUGGAGAGGCGUCACUGUUUGAGGUGAACAUCCGGUACGUUGGCGGUCUGCUCUCUGCGUUCUACUUGACUGGAGCUGAGAUAUUUAAACAAAAGGUGUUAGAGUUGGGCGAGAAGCUGUUACCCGCAUUCAACACGCCCACCGGCAUUCCCAGAGGAGUCAUUAACCUGGGCAGCAGUGGCACCAGCUGGAGUUGGGGCUGGGCAUCGGCCGGGAGCAGCAUCCUGGCGGAGUUCGGAACGCUGCACCUGGAGUUCGUUCACCUGUCGGAACUCUCCGGAAACCCCGUGUUCACUGAGAAGGUUAUGAACAUUCGAAAGCUGUUGAAUAAAAUCGAGAAGCCUCACGGUCUGUACCCAAACUUCUUGAGUCCUGUCAGUGGGAACUGGGUACAACAUCACGUCUCUAUCGGCGGUCUCGGGGACAGUUUCUAUGAGUACCUGAUCAAAUCUUACCUGAUGUCAGACAAGACCGAUGAGGAGGCAAAAACGAUGUACUACAGCGCUAUGGAGGCCAUUGAGACUAACCUGGUCCAGAAGUCUCCUGGUGGAUUGACGUACGUGGCGGAGUGGAGGGGAGGCAUUCUGGAUCAUAAGAUGGGGCACCUGGCCUGUUUCUCGGGUGGUAUGAUCGGCAUCGGUGCUGAUGAUGGACCUCCAGAGAAGCGACAGCACUUCCUGGAUCUGGCAGCAGAAAUCACGCACACCUGCCACGAGUCCUACAGCCGCUCAACCACUAAACUCGGUCCGGAGGCGUUUCGUUUCGAUGGAGGAGCUGAGGCUACCGCCACCCGCCUGAGUGACCGCUACUACAUCCUGAGGCCAGAGGUCAUCGAGAGCUACAUGUACAUGUGGCGUUUGACCCAUGACCCCAAGUACAGGCAAUGGGGCUGGGAGGCUGUGGAGGCGUUAGAGAAGCAUUGUCGCGUAGAAGCUGGUUUCUCUGGAAUUCGUGAUGUUUACUCCACAAUGGUCAGCCAUGACAACACGCAGCAGAGCUUCUUCCUGUCUGAGACCCUCAAAUACCUGUACCUGCUGUUCUCUGACGAUGACCUGCUGCCGCUUGACGACUGGGUGUUUAACACAGAGGCGCACCCGCUGCCAAUCGUACGAAAGAACUGUCUACGGGAGCCCAGCAGCACACUGGACAAUGGACAGACGCCUCUCGAGUAGAACUGACCAUUCCGUGUACAGAACACACACACACACCCACACACACACACACACACACACACCUGAAACACUGAUUCAAAAUGCAGGGCCACGACCUCAAGGGCCCUGACAUGAAUUCUCAGCUCCUUUCCUGAAAAGGAUCUUGUCAAAUAUAUACGCUGUGAUUGUAUAUCUCUUGUAUAUCUGGACAAUCAAAGUAAAACGUGACUUUCAUAAGAAGAGCACCUUUUUCCCUUUGCUUCUUUCCUCUGUGAGGAAACAGAUUAACUCGCAGCCCCACAUCCGUGGGAAGCAUGCCGUAUGUAAAGAGAAAACCACUUUUCUUCACCUUUAUCUUUUCUUUCAGCCUGUGCAUUCCUCUCCCAACUCUUCUGCCAAAGCGUUUGCGCUCUCCAUUUGAUUUUCUCUCUCCGAGCUCCAUGAUACUUUGCUCUGUCUAGUUUUAUGUCCAAUUUUGUGGUUUAAUCUUUUUUUAUUAGGAGGUAAAGCAAGGACCGAGGUAUUUCCGUACUAUCCUUUGAUAAAUUUAAGGAUAAAAGUUCAAAUCUAUUGUACAAAACUGGAUUUCUUGAAGGAAACAGCGGUGCUUGCAAGGCAGCAGAAUUCCAAUUCCAGGAUUUCAGAAUCCAUGGAAGCAAUUCCAAGAGACAAAGCAAUACUUUUGCAAUACAUAUUGAUGGUAUGAGUGACAAAAGAUCAUGUCACGUCCCUGAGCACGUCCCAAAGCCUCCGAUUCAAAGAAUCGACUCUCUGGAAACAAGUCUUAUUACAAACACUUUUGUUCCAUAUGUUGAACACACUUUAUUUUACAAUGUCCUUAUUACAAUGUAAUUACAUGCGUAUUACAACAUGUACUUACUAUAGGUUUAGGGUUAGGGUUAGUUACUUGUAAUUAUGCACACUUUACUGUUAUUGCUUCAGUCAUUACAUGUUGUAUGUAUAACAAGGACGUUGUAAAAUAGAUGUUACCCAUAUUUUGUUUUAGGGAUGUUUCGAUAUAUUUACUGGAAUAAAAGACACAAUACUGAUGAUGUGAAAAUGAUUUGUGCUGUAAAGGCGGCUAUAAUUGGUUAAAUAUAUGCAAGAAAGACAAAAAAAAUCACAAUUAAUUAUGCAAAAAGAUGCAAGAGUGUAGACCAGUCGUAAUUCGGUAUGCAAAUAUGACAAUGACGUCAUCACUAGCUGGGUUUCCAAAUUUGGGAAUAUUGGCAAAAAAAAGAGCAGGAUUAAAAACACCAAGAUUUGAAAAAUUCUCCAAUGUUCACAUAUGAAAACGUACCGUAUACGCUCACUUAAGCGGGAUACGCUGCAGCAUUUAAUUUCUAUUUUGCGCAAAUUUCCCCAGUGGUGAUUUUGUUCUCUUAUGGUGCGUUCACAUACAAUGCGAAGAAAGUUUUCGUGAGUUUGACCGCUGGAUUAAUCGCUCGCGCGAGUAACGCGAACACGCGACUAUUCCUCCUACUCUUCCGGAAAAGGACAGGAGGAGGGGCUUCUACGACUUGGUUCAUAGUAAAGUUCAACCAAUAGCUGGAAUCAAGUAGACGCGCAUAUUUUCAGAACUCACCAGGUAGUCCAACAUCCUCGCUCUUUUUCUGUCCGGUCUCUGUACAUGUAUGACGUUGUGUCAUCCAAGUCCAGGUGACCACACACCGCAACAACAAUGUUUUCAUCCAUUUUUCCAGAUUUCUUCUGCUACUACGUCAUUACAUCAGUGACAUCCGGACAAUCUCAAUGCUGAUAGUCUUUCGCGACAACGAGUCAUGCAGAUUUUUUGCUCGAGUUCAAAAAUUGCAACUUGUGCGAAUUAAUCGAUUUUGCGUUUUCGAGUCGUACCAUUCGCUUCAUUCACGUCGCCCGCCGUCUAUUCGCAUCUUUGCAUUGAUUUGUAUGUCAUCGCGCCAUGCGAAACGCUCGCUUUGCGUUGAAAGUGAACGCACCAUUAGUCAUUACAACCAAAUAAUAAGAGUUAUUACUAUUUAACAUUUUCGGCUUCAUUUUCAAUUUGUCCAUUCAAUUUAGUUCAAAUUAUGGGUGAAAUACAUGUAAUGUAAUUAAUGAAAUACAUUUAACGUGUGUAAUGCAUUUCAUAAAUGGUAAUAAUAAAACAUAAUAAUGCCCAUAAAUUAAAUACAUCAACAUAAAAUUAAAACAGAAAAGAUCAGAUACCAUUGAAAACAUAUGUAUAUGCUACAGUUCUACACAUUUCUGCUACAAAUGACCACACGGCGCUACAAAUUUUUUUUUAUACAUUUUUCCAGAUUUCUUUUGCCGCUACGUCAUUACAUCAGUGACAUCUGGACAAUCUCAAUGGCGAUAGGCUUUCGCGAAAACGCGUCACGCGGAUAGUGAAUACGCGAAUGAAACGUUUUUGUGUGUUCGAGUGGCGUCAUUUGCUUCAUUUGCGCCGCCCGGCUCCAAUUCGCAUCUAUUCGCAUCUUUGCAUUGACGUUGUAUGUAAUCACUCCGUGCGAAACGCUCGCUUCGUGUUGUAUGUGAACGCACCAUUAAACACGUGGGAUGCAAACGCUGCUUUAUUCACAAACUGCGUUUGCCAUAAUAACUUGCAUUGAAACGUGAUUUUGAAACUUUAAUCUUAAAUUUCUUAAAAAAGCAUAAAGUAAAAAAUGAAAGCACACCUGAUGUCCAUCCAUCCAUCUUCAACCGCUUAUCCGAAGUCGGGUCGCGGAGGCAGCUGCUCCAGCAGGGGGCCCCAAACUUCCCUAUCCCGAGCCACAUUAAGCAGCUCUGACUGGGGGACCCCGAGGCGUUCCCAGGCCAGUGUGGAGAUUUAAUCUCUCCACCUAAUCCUGGGUCUUCCCCGAGGCCUCCUCCCAGCUGGACGUGCCUGAAACACCUCCCAUGGAAGGCGGCCAGGGGACAUCCUUACCAGAUGCCCAAACCACCUCAACUGACUCCUUUCGACGCAAAGGAGCAGCGGCUCUACUCCGAGCUCCUCACGGAUGACUGAGCUCCUCACCCUAUCUCUAAGGGAGAAGCCCGCCACCCUUCUGAGGAAGCCCAUUUCGGCCGCUUGUACUCGCGACCUAGUUCUUUCGGUCAUGACCCAGCCUUCAUGACCAUAGGUGA